AUGUCGCCCACGUGUGAAAAUGCCCAGCGUUCCUCCAGAGGGCCGUCCCAGAGCGACCACGCCAGCAGAAACCCGAGCCCUGCAAGCCCCUCAUGUAAUGCUGGUCGCGCUUUCGACCACCGUCGGCCUGCCCGUGCAGUGGUGCAGCCAUCAACCAGGAACAUCCAGGCCCUCAACAUGUUCUUCUCCUCCUGGGCCUUAGUCUUCUUGUCCUUGGGAGUUAUGGUCGAUGACUGGGUUACACUGAAUUUUGAAACAAAAACCAAUAUGCAAAGCCAUAGUCCAUGGAUAUACACCACUAUUUGGCCAAAAGAUGACCUGAAAGUGGUCAGGAUCAUGUUGAUCCUGGUGAUCAGCUUCUCCUUCUUCCAUAACUUGUUCCUGGGAUUGGAAUUCACCUUUAUGAUUCCUCAAACUAAAUAUAUCUUCCUCAUCACUGUAUUCCUCAGUUUCUUCACAGGCAUCCUUCUGCUCUGCGCACUCCUGCUAUAUCACCUGAAGCUAAGGCGAGGGCGAUCCGUGUACUAUUCCGGAUAUAAAAUCACCUGGAUCAUUUCCACUGCCUACUUAAGUGUUUUCUUCCUUUUUGCCUCUGGAAUCCUGUGUAUUCUACAGUACAAGCAAGCCAUGAAUUCUGCAGAAGAAAGUCAUGACACACAGCAAUCUGGGAGCUCUAUCGAAGUGGCUUCAUUGCAAAAACUCACCAUAAUGCCUCGUAGUAUUGUCCACGUGCAGUCCAAAAACUUAGACCAAGGUUCCCUAAGGAAACAACAAAGCCAAAAACGUCGUGGUGAAGAAGUGAUGUCAGCCCCCCUGCUCCCACCCCCUGGGGACUCUAAAGAGGAAGAAGGUACUUGCCAGAAUAUAAAACUCCAGAGGCCAAAGUCUAGGAAAAUUGCUGUCAAUACUUUCAAAAAGGCUAAGGGAGGAGGAAUGAGCCAGAGAAGGGUACAGGAAGAGCACAGUGACAAAGUCAAGAAGGGGCACGUCAGAGGAGGAGAUCGAGGGGUCUCCACAGGAAACAGCAAGAGCACCAGGACACUGGAUCAGGCAGCAGGCCGUUGCCUCACCGCACAUUUGCACACAGGUGGUGGCCACCAGCAGGAGCGGCUCCGGAGGGAGGUACAGGGGUAG